UCUCGCUUUCAACCGGGUGUUGGAGUGAGGUGGGUUUGUGGUGUAUGCGCUACAGCCGAUUGGCAACUUGCCAAGAAGAGGCUGACGAAGCCAGUCGGCUACUUCCACUCAUGGUUGAUUCCGAGUGUAAAGAUACUGCGAACGCUAAUCUUGGAACGCAAUCGCAUUAGUGGCAAAAGAAAAGCUUUUGAAAGCUAUUUUGAAAAACCGUUAGAAUCAAAUCUCAACAAUCAUAUCGGUAUUGUCGCCUCACUUUUGGCAAAUGCGCAAAUCGAUCCAACGCAAGCAACUGUUGUAAGUUGA